AGAAGACGCCAUCCAGAGUCUCCUUGAGCGACGAAGAGAAACCGUGGACUAGAGGUCUUUGGCACCGCUCGAAAACAAGAUCUCUACAUCUGCCUUCAACCACACUCCCAAGAUGACCGACACUGAUGGGUUUCACCCUCGGAUAUUUCAGUUCAACGAUGCCAUAACAAAGUCCCUGCCCAUCCUAGACGAAGACGACAUCGGUGACCUGACUGCCGUCCUCAAGGCCCUGGCGAAAGGGAGACUUCCACGCCAAACCUCCAUAGUCAAAGUGUUGAACGCCUACAACAUCACGCAGGUGACCGCGAAGCGAGCAUGGGCGUACUUUCACCCCAUCACAGUGAUCCCAAUGGCAGACGCGGACGUCCCUCGACCAGUCAUAGACCUCGACUACCAUAUUCUGGACGAUCUCGACAAGCCAUGGCACAGCAUCCGCCAAAGUGCCGAGCAACAAUACGACGGAGAAUCAGCUAGUUAUCGCUUCAUAUGCUUUAUUCACAAGCACUUCAUCCGCAGGGGUAACGACAGACAAAGACCCGUGUACACGAUCAGCAUCUGGGACCGCGAGCUUGAUGAGAUGGCUUGGCACGACACUUACAGCCAUGAGCGCGCGACUAGGCAGAGGGACAUUCAAAACUUCUGGGAAAUCGUCGAAAUGCGUGAAUGCACAUUUGUCGAGCGAAGGUCAGAAUUUCUAGACAGUAUUCGGUAUCGCAUGAAUUAUCGCGCCUGCGAGAAAGCGGAAGCAACGAUACGUGGCGCUAUACUACCUCAAGAUACUCUAUAUUCGAUUAUGUCUAUUGGGCUACGCUACAUGAAUCAGGGAAACGUCAAUCGCCGCGUUGACAUUGUGCCUGACAACAUCGAAUUCUUCAGUAGUACUGCACGGGAACUGUUGCCUCGGAUGUUUGUUCGCUUGCUUUGGCUCUACCUCAGGGCCCCAAAAGCAGGCAGCGAAAAAGAUUGGGAUGGGCGGAUGGAUGGUCUUAACGACGACGAGGACACUAAGGAGUACAUUCAACAGCUGCAAAUCACUGACAAACUGGGUUGGAUGAAAGUUCAUGUACGCAGGGAGCUGGAAGCACAUAUGGAUGAGCCGAAGGGCGAAUGGCUGAAACGUGUAGAGUGGCUGUUCCCCGCCCUACGAAUCUAG